GGAAGUCCCUUUGGCAUUUCCGCCUAUGACGUCGACAAAAUCAAUGUACGGAGUACGACAUAUCAGGCCAAACUUGGGCAACCUGCUAGGAUGCAAGUCGACACAGGGACGGCAGGAGACGGGUCACUACAGGCCCGCGUAGAGGCGGAGAACACAGACGUGCCCUGUAGUGUAGAGAAAGACGACGUGUCCCACUACACCAUCGCCUUCACACCUAAAAUUGCUGUCAAACACUUCAUCUUUGUCAAGUUCAACGAGACACCUCUAAAAGGGAGUCCGUUUAAGAUUGACGUGUCGGACCCCACCAGUGUGGCGGUGUCCGGGGCGGGGCUGGGGAUCGUUCCUGUCGGCCACGUCACUAACUUCGCCGUGGACACGGCACGGGCCGGGCUCGGCAGGGGAGGGGUGGACGUCAAAAUAUCAAAUGAUCAGGGCCAGCUGGUGCCAUGUGAUGUGACGGAGGAGAAGCAGGGACUGUACAAGUGUAGUUAUACACCACACAAAUCAGGUUCGCACAGGAUAGAGGUGUGGUAUGACGGAUCAGAAGCAGUGGGAAGUCCGUACAUAUCUGAGGCGUUCGACGUCACAAAAGUACAUCUCGUCAACAGGCACCGUCUGGUCGUCGGCAAAGAAGCUUCGGUUGAAGUUGACGCCAGCCGAGCAGGAAGGGGAAACAUAGACGUGAACGUGACGACGACAGGCAGGCGGGUGCCGUCCAGCGUGGCCAGGAGCCCGUCACAGACAGGCGUCUACACCGUCACGUUCUUCCCCGAGAUCCAGGGUCCGCACGACAUACAGGUUCUCUUCAACGGGAUUCCCGUACAAGGAAGCCCGUUCCGAGUGAACGUGCUGGACCCUGGCAGAGUGACGGCCUUCGGCUCAGGGAUCCAGUCCGUACCCAUCAACAGACAAGCGCACUUCACAGUAGACCCUAACGGUGAACAUAGAGGCACCGUUACUGCCACAAUUAAUGCCCCUAGCGGUAGAAGAGUGCCCUGCACCAUCGCCCCGACGUAUGACGGGACGUAUGCCAUUCAGUACCUCCCGACAGAAGUAGGUCAGCAUAGGAUAGACGUGAACUUUUCCGAUCAUCCAAUCAGCGGCAGCCCUUUCUACUGUAACGUGUAUGAUGUGUCAAAGGUCACGGUCAGUAAACUUCCGGGAGUGGGGUACGAAGGCAGGGAAAUCAGGUUUCAAGUUGAUACAGGCCAUGCGGGUAUGGGGACAGUAGACGUGGAGGUGACGUGUGAAGGAAACAGAAUUCCACACUACAUGAGCUCCAGAGAGGCGCCCAGGCUUUAUAACGUAGGCUUCAUGCCGGAGGACGUGGGGGUGCACAAAAUCACUAUCACAUUCAACCAGGAACCUGUGCCCGGGAGCCCAUUCUUUGUUGACGUCCGGGACAGCGGACACCCAAGGGCGCCGCCGCGGCGCUCCAAAACGUUCUCGGUGGGGGAGAAACACAACGACACGAGGGCCAUGGUCGUCAAGCCGGUCGUCUCCAAACCCAUCGUGGAGACGGUAGACGUCGGAGUUGGUUCGUUAAAUAUCCGUACUCUCCAAGCACAGGUCAUCACGGAGGAGGAGUUCACGAAGCUGAAGAAGAUCAUCGUCGGCGCGAAAGGCGGGAAGGCGAAGGCCACGGCUAGCGGGGAGGGGCUGUACAGGUGCUUCCAGAACACCCCUGCACAGUUCAUAGUCGAGACCACAGACGGCAAAUCAGACAGACUAGAUGUCAAAAUCAACGGCCCCAACACGAUAGCCAAACACAAGAUCCAGCAGGACGGCAGCAGAUUCUACGUCAGCUUUACUCCAGUGGAGGUCGGGAUCUUCGACAUAUACGUCGGGUACGACGGGACAGAAAUAGACGGGAGCCCUUUCCACCCAGUGGUUGUCAACCCCUCCAAAGUCCAGCUGCUGGGAGAACUGCGCAGGUUACUUGACAAGAAGGGUAGGAUCCUUCUCUUCAUCCGGGAAACUUGCUUCAUCCUGUUGGACACGGCGGAGGCGGGGCCGGGCAAGGUCAAGGCGUCAGUGCAGGGGCCUUCCCGUCAGACACCGGUGCAGGUGGGCCAGGAAAAUGGCGGCAAGCAGAGAAUAAGUUUCGUCCCGGAAGAAGAAGGAAAACAUCUGAUAGAAAUUCUCUUCUCUGACGCACACAUUCCGUCAUCACCUAUCUAUGGUCUGGCCAAGAAAAGGACCAGUGCACUUCCGGUGGACCAUACCAAAGUGGUGGUGUGGGGGGAGGGCCUCAGGAAGGCACAGGUCGCGCGGACAUCAGAGUUUACACUGGAUGGGUCUCAAGCUGGGAAAGGUACUCCCAGUUGUAUCCUGAAUGGACUAAAGGCGGACGUUCCAGUCAGGAUAGAGGAGAUAAGGGACAGGAAAAAUACAUUCAAGGCGACGUACAAACCCGACAUACCAGGAUCCUACUUGUUAAACAUCACGUGGUCUGGGAAGAAGAUUAACGGAGCCCCGUUCAAAGUGUCGGUGACGAAACCUAUCGACGCUACCAAGGUGGUGUUCUCGGGGCUGAAGUGGGGGUUCGGCGGGCAGGCGCUCAGGGCUACCGUCGACAUCAGGAAAGCUGGCAGAGGAGGAAAGUUAGCGGCCAGGUGUUUAGGCCCGUCGAAGCCUGCCCGAGUGGACCUGACGGACAACUUUAACGGAACCUUCCUCUUGUGUCUCCAUCCUGUAGAGAAAGGCAAACACAAACUCGAGAUCAAAUACGACGGAACCUACAUUCCUGGGAGCCCUUUCAUCGUCAACAUUGUAGGUUACCCUGACCCGGCUAAAGUGAAAGCGUUCGGCCCGGGACUGUCUAACGGCGUGCUGGGCAGGUUCAUGGGUGAGUUCGUGUGUGAGACGGUGGAGGCGGGGCCAGGCCAGCUCAAGGUGCGGGUACAUGGACCGAAAGGUGCCUUCAACGUUCAGAUGACGCCAACGGGGCCCAAAGGCCGGACCGUCAUUGUCCGUUACGAUCCUACUGAGCCUGGCGAGUACGAAAUAGACGUGAAGUGGUCGGAAAUCCACGUUCCGGGCAGCCCGUUCCGUAUCAUCCUCGUGGAGUCAGAAGAAGAGUUACAGGACUUGGAGCUGGAAGCCCGCGCGGCGUCCAACCCGUCAAUCAGGAGAUCUCAGUCGGGAGACUCCAUCGCAUUGGACGCUGACCUGGAGGAGGAGGGGCCAGAGAAGACGUCAGCGACACUGACAGCCAAUGAGUGGCCGAGGAUGCGGUAUGUGGGAAGGGCCAUCAGAAGGUCAACGUCUGAGAGGCUGUUGCAGAGGCCAACGAGAACGAGAAAGUUUUCAUUCAAAAAGGCUUUUAGUAAGCCUAAAAUGUGAGGAAGGCACACAUCCAUGAAGACCGUCGUUUGCUUGCGUGUGUACCAAGGAAAACUUUUCUCAUGAUACGUGUGUUUUAAUGUGACAGAGGAAAACAAAAUGGACUACAGACCUUAACUCAUCAUUAAGAGUCUGACUAAGUCUUUUAUCAGUAUUGCAUCUCAUGUUUCACGUAUGAGAAAGAAUUAAUAUGUAUACUCUUAAAGGCAUUUGUCAAUGGGCAACUGGAGAAGUAGACUGGUAUAUACUGUCCUUUUUGUACAAAAGACGUUUGUAUCAAAUCUUUUUUAGUAAUGCUGGAUGAAAUGUAAGUCCCCAUCGAGUUAGCUUUCAAGAUAGUAAUGAUGAUGAUUAUGAAUAUCAGUCCCCUCUAUGUUGGCAUUGACAUGUGCAUAUAUAACUCACAGGCGGUGACGCAUUGAAACCGCCUCUAACAAGGGCUCGUGUACAUUAAACGUGUAGCUACCACUUAUCAACUUUGUAACGUGAAAAAUUACUAAUGUCAUUCUUAAUGUUGUAAAGUUUCUAGGAUGUGAAUACUUAUGACUUUUAAUAUGUUUUUAAGUUACAUACAUUUAUCUAUAUUUGCGUGUCCAAGUUGCUAGAAGCUUAUAUGUGCAGUAUUUUCCACUAGUGUAAGAUUUCGUUUAAGUUCAUUGCUAACUUCAUCAGUGUUAAAGAACAAUUAUCUUUGUAUGUUUCGCUUGAAAGUCACUUGUAGCAUUCUAUAUCAUGUGCAUAAGUAUGUCGCCGUGACAGAAACAUGUACUAUGUUCAUUUACUAGGUUCUUGUAAAAAUUGGUCAACUUAUUCUGUUGUACAUAGUGUUUUAGAAGUUUUAGAUAAACUGUAUAACCAUAUAUGUAGUAAGUCUAAUGGUGUGAAAGUUUUAAGAUAUAUUUAGGAAUCGAGUACAUAUAGAUUUCAUUCAGAAUGUCACAGAGGCCAAAUUGACAGACAUUUUUGGGUCCAUGUUAG